ACGUUCCUAUAUUUCUCUUUUCUCUCAAAAGAAGACUGAACUAGUGUAACUCCGCAGAAAGUCACCAGAGGGCAGUACCGUGUUUACACAUGAUUAUAACUAUAGUCAGAAAAGCCUCAGUGUUUAUGUAGGUCAAAUGAAGUGCACGCUGCUUUAUUUGGAAUCCAUUUGGAGACGACAACUCUGAAAUAUCGGCAGAAAGUGCGAGAAAAUACCAUUAAGAGCUUCUUAUUUAAUCGAGCUUCAAGUGUGACGGGAGACAUGACGAAAGACGGAAAGCUAUGGAGAGUAGAUUCAGUGGUGUUUUGAACGACAUCGAGGAGCUUUCGCGACUCUCAAACACUCAGAACAAUUUCCACACCGAAAGGUCUAAGACGCUUUUUGAAGAGAUUCGAGCCUCCAUAAACAACAAUGACGAGGAGGAUCGCUCCUUCUGGAGGCCUGUGCUCCCUUGGGGGGGCGUUUUCACAAUCAAGGCAGGGCGCAAGGCCAUAUCUUGCAUCCCUCUGUACGUGGAGGUCCAACUGAAAAACACAUGCACCAUCGAUGGCUUCCUCAUGAUCUUGUACGUGAUCCUGCGAGACAACCAGGGCUUCCACAGGGAGCUGGCCGUCUUCCUGGGGAAGCAGUUCGUGGAGCACUUCCUCUACUUGAUGGACUCCUGUGACUACACCACAGUGAAGAUGCUGUGGAUCUGGAAUAGGAUGUCUAAGAGACAGUACCGCUCAGAGAUCCAUCAGGCAGCGAUGGAGAUCGACCUGUUUGGGAACGAGCACGAGAACUUUACGGAGAACCUGGAGAACCUCAUGUCUACCACUCAGGAGAGCCUGUGCACCAAGUGUGACUGUCCGGGUCGCUUUCAGAACGUCAAGAAAACCACCAUAAACAUCAGCCCUCCCCAUGAGCUUCCUCACAAAGACCCAAUCCAGUCAGCGGUGGAUGAAUUCUUCAGCCCCAAACUCCUACUCUGCUCAGAGCUAGGCAGAUGUGAUGGCUUGAGGGAGUUUUCUCAAAGGGUAUUCUGCCACGGACACCCGCCUUUUGUGAUCCUUAACAUGCAGCAGUGGAGAUCGGAGGAUCUGUCUUAUGUACCUUACCACCUGGCUCUUUGUCAACACAGAUACUUACUAGAGGGCGCCACACUCUUCAACAUGGAAGAGCAUCACUACUCAGCAGCUUUCCAGAUAGACGGAUGUUGGAUGCACUAUGAUGGUUUGAGAAGCGAUAAUCUGAUCCUACUGCAUAAGCCCCCGGAGCUCCUGCUGCUUUCCUCCUUGGUCUACAUCCGUGCAUCUGACAAGUGACCAGUUCUACACAGUGCAGCACUUGAGUGAACACAUCAAACAUCCAGUGUUUUUUUUUCCCCAGCAUUAUUCCUGUUUUUGCCAUUUUAUAUCUUUUUAUGUAUUUUUUUUUAAUCUUUUGUGAAUAAUUCAUGGUCUUAGUAUACUUAAUUUGCUGGAAGACAGCUGUUUGUGUUCUGUUUCAGCUGAUUGCUUACUCCAAAUAUUCUGAUAAUUAUAGAUUUUAUGGAGGCAUGCUUGGAAUCCAAGAGUAUAAUGGACUAUAAUAGUUCUGGGUUGAAAUGCAGUGGAUCCUAAAAGUGUACACAUCUCCUUUUUAAAUUAUUUCUUUUGGUAAAAAAGAUGACUAAUUUUGUUUUAUUAUUAUUAUUAUUAUUUUUUUACAAUUCAACUGAAAAACAAAUUUAUUUGCAGAAAAAAAACUAGAUGAAAAAUUUUAGACUGAAACUUUGUUGAUGCAACUUUUGAUUCAGUUUCAGCAUUCAGCAUCCUUUCUUAAGUAUCUGUAUCCCUCAACCAAAGUUUAGUAAUAUUACCCCACUCUAUUAGAAAGGUUCUCAGUCUUUUAGGUUAUCAAAAUACCUCUUGUCCACAGAUGCUUCAGGUAACCAUUAUGAUGCUGAAUAAAAUCCAUACUCAUCUUGGGUGUUUUAAGUCAAAGUUGACUCAUACAACGUCCCACUAAUUCAUUCAGCUCGAUUUAAAACCUGUCUUAAAGUUUUCCUACUGCAUGAUCUCUUCUGGUGAUGUCUAGCGUUGCUUUUGUGCCAAGCUUUUUACAUCUUCAGGAGUUGCAGCCAGAUUAUCUUUAAUUUGAGUUAAUCUAAUUUACUAUAACUAAUGGCAGUUGUAAUGGCAGACUGAAUGGUGAAAUUCAUCAAAAGGCAGUUCAAGAAAUGGUAGGUCAAAGGUGGACACAUUUAUUGCCAGAGACAUUUUUGUUAGUUCCUACCCAACAGAUGUAUGUUUUUUUCUAUUGACUCCCACAGAAAGUAUCUUGUUGAAGUUGCAAAACAAAUUUUUGAACUACUUAUUGUAGUUUCAUUCUUAAACAAAUAAAACUUGACAUUUUAA